CGACUCUAUGUCAACCAGAUCACCAGCAUUUCCCCAGGCGCAUUCACCGACCUGGGCGCGUUGACGACACUAAUUCUUUCCACCAACAAGAUCACCAGCAUUUCUGAAAACGCAUUUACAGGCCUGACCGCGCUGACUUUUCUACAACUCGAUGCCAACCAGAUCACCAGCAUUUCCGCAGGCGCAUUCACCGACCUGGGCGCGUUGACGACACUAAUUCUUUCCAUCAACACGAUCACCAGCAUUUCUGCAAACGCAUUUACAGGCCUGACCGCGCUGACUGCCCUAUAUUUGCAACAAAACCAGCUCGACAGCAUUUCUGCAAUCGCAUUUACUGGUCUGACUGCGCUGAGGGAAUUAUGGCUGCAAGUCAAUCUGAUCACCAGCAUUUCUGCAAACGCAUUCUCAGACCUUACCACGCUGGUUGGAAUAUAUUUGAAUCGGAAUCCCUUCACCACCUUGCCGCCUGGUUUGUUUAAGGGCUUGAGAAAUGUCAGUCACUUGUCCCGUGACCUGUCAACUGCUCAGGUUUCACAAUCGGUGAUUCCCAACAACUUUACCUUCGGUGGGAACACUGUCGCUCCGCCCAGCAUGUACGGCACAGCAUCCUCCCCAUACACCUGCGCCACUUGCUACGCCGCUGGGUCCAGUGCGUGUUGCGGGACCAAUUGUCUGACCUGCAAUUCAUCCGAGCCCUGCACUCAGUGCUAUGAAGGUUAUCUUAUGAUGGGCAGCUUCUGCCUCGCAUCACCUGCAACCAACGCAUCUGUCGCCUCGGUCGCUUCAGUCGAAUCAAUGCAAUCCGCCGCAAGCGCGUCCAUUGCGUCUGAGGUUUCCGCGACCUCGGCGCUCUCGGCAUCGUUUGCUUCCAUCUUUACUGCAUCGUCAGCCUCGGUUGCAUCUGCUGCGUCAGCUGCUACAGAAGCAUCCGAAGCUUCCGCCGCUUCAGUUGCGUCUACUCAGUCUGCAUCUUCAGCCUCGAUUGCAUCAGCUGCAAGCGCGUCAUCCGCAUCCAUUGCAUCUGAUGUUUCCGCGACCUCGGCGCUCACUGCAUCGUUUGCGUCCGUCGCUACUGCAUCGUCUGCCUCGAUUGCAUCAGCUGCGUCAGCUGCAACAGAAGCGUCCAAAGCCUCCGCCGCCUCUGCUGCGUCGACGCAAUCUGCCUCGGUUGCAUCUGUUGCGUCAGCUGCGUCAGCUGCGACACAAGCAUCCAAAGCCUCCGCCGCUUCAGUUGCGUCGGCAGCGACACAAGCAUCCAAAGCCUCUGCCGCUUCAGUUGCGUCUACACAAGCUGCAUCGUCAGCGUCAAUUGCAUCUGCUGCAAGCGCGUCGUCAGUAUCCAUCGCAUCUGAUGUUUCCGCGAUCUCGGCGAUCUCGGCAUCGUUUGCGUCCGUCGCUACUGCAUCGUCAGCCUCGAUUGCAUCAGCUGCGUCAGCUGCAACAGAAGCGUCCAAAGCCUCCGCCGCCUCUGCUGCGUCGACGCAAUCUGCCUCGGUUGUAUCUGUUGCGUCAGCUGCGUCAGCUGCGACACAAGCAUCCAAAGCCUCCGCCGCUUCAGUUGCGUCGGCAGCGACACAAGCAUCCGAAGCUUCCGCCGCUUCAGUUGCGUCUACUCAGUCUGCAUCUUCAGCCUCGAUUGCAUCAGCUGCAAGCGCGUCAUCCGCAUCCAUUGCAUCUGAUGUUUCCGCGACCUCGGCGCUCACUGCAUCGUUUGCGUCCGUCGCUACUGCAUCGUCUGCCUCGAUUGCAUCAGCUGCGUCAGCUGCAACAGAAGCG